UGGGUUUCGGUGUCCGGCAGCGGGAGCAAACCCGCCUACUACUAUUAUGCGCCAGGCUGGCUUCGGGCGUAAUGAUAAAACAUGGCGCGAGCAUUUAACACUAAGAUAUGGGCCCUCGCGGCUGCUCUAUUUGGUGGUCGAGGGAGUUUCGCAUUCUCCAGAAAUCAUGAUAACCGGCGUGCCGUGAUUCGGGCUUGUGAUUCAAAUGGCCCCGCAAAACUAUUUGUGCAUCCGCUAUUGGACAAGAAAUCUUUCGUGUCAGCAACACGUGAACGCGAGGGGGGCAACACACAAGAUCUGGUGGUGCUUCUUUUUUUUCAUACGGCGAUAAUCAGCUCGUCGAAUGUUUGCAUACUAGGUAAUUAAAUUUUAUGCUCCCUGGUGCCGUGCGUGCAGAGGACUUGAACCCAAAUACAAACGGCUUGCAAUGGAGUAUAGUAACAAACGCGUUGUGUUCUAUGAGAUGUCUCACAAGGCGAUAACGGGUUUCAUUUGUGUCCGUCCACUCACGCACGCCCGCUACUCUUAUACUUGCUGCUGACACUUCUUCAUUCUGUAGGGCGGGAUGGGGGAGUGACAUUCUUGCAAGGACUAGAGGUAAAUGUCUUGCCAUUGGUGCAAUUCUAUGCCGGGGGCAAACGAGUUGAGACGUUUCCCUGCGGCCCUCGCAAAAUCGAACUGCUUCGUGAGAAGCUCGAAAAAUGGCAGAAUUGGUAUGCCCAAGACGCCUUGAAACAGGGGAAAGGGGGCUCAAGGCAGAGUGAUAUGUGAUUGUAUAAAGCGUAUUUAGAUUUAAAAACAGGCUUUAUUGCCAGCACUGAGCUUCCAGAUCGACCAAGUAAAUUGCGGGCGCGUGACCGCACAGAUCUUGUUGGCCUACCACCGAAAGCACAAACAAAGUUGAAAGCUAUGAGCACAGAAAAACUAGGUGCAGGAUCAAUAGCAAAUUUCAAAUUGAUCGUUGCAGGGAAAAUAAUGGCGCGAGUUCCCUUACUAGCAAAGUUAAAUGAAGCUCAAUUGGGGACUGUCUUGAAGGAGAGUAGAAUCGCUACCUACGAGGCAGGGGACGUUCUUAUCUUCGAAGGCGACAUCGGCAACAAGCAGAGUGGAGUUGUAAAAUAUAAAUUGCAUGUCUUAUUCUAGCACGCACAUCAAAAACUAUAGGCCGGAGAUUUUUUGUGCUUCUAGACGGCGAAUGUGAUGUCUUUCAGCUAUCUAAUCUGGCCAGUUCUAGUCGCAUGCCUGGGUUUUCGCCUGAUCCGACACGGACGGCUUUUGGGGGGAGGACAAAUACCCUAGUUGCUGGGGCGUAUUUUGGGGAACGGGCCCUUGUCACCAACGAGCCUCGUGCGGCAUCAAUUGUAGCCGCUACUAAUGCGAUUGCUCUCAUCAUCGACCGUUCUGCACUAGCCAGAGCGGAUCGGCGGAUCUGGGGUGAGGAUACAACUUUUGAUUCACUCGUAGAUUUGCUUGAGCUCUCCUCAGAGGGCGUGCUCUGGGGCUACGAGCGAAAAGGGCCGAUGCUUGAGUCGGAUGACAUUCUUGAGAGCAGGUCUCCAUUAGGCCAUCCAUCCAUCGGAAAUGUAUCUUCUGCGCCACCGAAAGCAGGAUCUGCAUACUUCGAGAAUACCACCAUGCCGCUGCCGGUCAUGCAGCGGCUUCGGCUGUUGCGCAGCGUGAUUCGGGCAUUUGAUCAAGCUGCAGCUCGUUCACCCAAAUGGGGCGACGCCGCCGAAAUUUUAUACCGCAAAAGGCUCGUUACGCAGCUCACCAACUACCAGCGCCAGGAGUUCAAGCAAACAUUUGCUCUACUUGAUCGUGAUGGCGACGGCUCAAUAUCUGUUUCCGAUCUCGCCUCACUUAUGGUCGCUGUUGGAAGACACCCUAAUGCUCUGGAAUUGGCAAAUAUGAUAAACAAGGCCAAUCCGGAAAUAGAGGGAAAUACAAAUUUAAACCUUGAUGACUUCCUUGCCUUGAUGGCCCAGGCUGAGUUUUCUGCAAUGUUUCUUGAGGCCUUCAAGCUUCUUGACCCUGCAGGCCAUGGUUGGGUUGAGUCAGAACUCCUCUGGCAAAUGAUGAACGCACUCAUACCUUCCGCAGCCGUUGAGGGGAAGACAGCCAUACCUGAGUUUUUUGGCGGCAAGUUAGAUGAAUUAGUAGAUACAUUUGGUGUCUCAGACGGACAUAUAGAUUACCAGGCUUUUGUAAAAAUAAUGAUGACGAAACAGAGAUAGCAGACAAUGCUUUUUAAUUUCUUGUUUGUGAACCGUACAUAGUGAAUGUGGUGCUUGACAAGACUUCUAUUCCUAUAACGAUAUUCCUACCUUAAAAGAACUUGAACUUGAAGAACUUGAAGUCUAAACCAACACAACUCGAAGAUCUAAGGUUUUUUUUGCCCUUCUGCCACGGAUUGCCUACUGGCGUAGAGAGAUAUCGGCGACGCUUGCACCAGCACCAGCACCAGCACCAGCACAUGGUCUAGCAGAAGUUGUCCUCUCCGUACUUGAGCUUCAUUCUCAGGCACGGGCACGGGUCGCGCGGCGGCGCUGAUGAACAGCGUUGCUCUCCGGGGCGUAGCUUGAUCAUUUAAGGCUAAUCCACGCCCCGCGAAUGGCUGGCCAAAAGCAUUUUUGGGCUGCAAUGAGGAUUUGACUGUAAACGAAUCCGUCGACAACUUGCGCUCGGCGGACGCGUUUGCGGAUUGCGUCACGGACUUCACGACAGAAACUGCGUCGGAGCCUCGGAGGGACAUACUGGACAAAUAUCCCACCGGCUUGGACCGCUUGGUCGCUCGGAAAAGCUCCAUUUACACUAAGGUACGGAUUUUCCACGCUGAAGGUACCCUAGGUUCCUCGCUCGGUCCGUGCUCCGGCGUGGUAGAUCCACCCUCCUAGUGAGGUUCUUCAGGUCUUCAUCGGGGCCCGGGCCUGCCGCCGCCCCCGGGCCUUCUACGGGCCUUCCAUACCAGGUAGCAGGGACAUUUCCGAUACUCAGGCUAGUUGCCCCGACAGAGUACUUUUAACAGUAGGGGCACCAGGGCCGAUUAGUAAGCAACAAGAAUACCGAUUUACCCCGGCGGGGCCCUUUUGAUGACCAAAUGGCAAUUCGGCGCACUGGCCGCACUCAAGAGAUGAGCCACAAAGGCCGGGCCACUUUGACCAGUGGCCGGGGCCGGGAACGACGCCGCGGGCUCACUGUGACCGUGACGUGAGGGGCUCCGCGAUAACCGGAUGCUGCGGAGCCCUGACCCAUCUGUUUUCACAGAGUACUGCUAGGCUCAUCGAGUGCAGCGCGAGAGACUAAAACUGGUGCGCACAUGUCGCAAAUUUCCUUCUUGGACUGCGAGGCGUUGUAAAUGGAUGUGGAUGGCGUUAGAUCAAAGCG